UUAAAAUAAUUAAAAUAUUAGUACUAUCUACUUGUAAUAUAGGUAAAGUUAUUAAAGUUAUUGACUAUUUCAAACAGAGAUAACUAAGUUUUACUUGUUUUACAAUAAAAAUAUCAAAGUUAAUUUACAAAUAACCAUACUAAAAAAAAAAAUGUUGAAAUCAUUCUUUAGUGGACUAUAUAGACAUAAGUCUUCAUUAGCCUCUGAAAAUAUUAUAACAACUAUCAAGUCAGUUAAUUCAUACCGAAUAACUCUUUCAGAUCCUAAAACUAGAAAUACUCUAUCUAUUAUUGCACUUCAACGUUUAAUUGAAGAAAUAAAAAUUGCGGGGGAUGAUUUAUCAUUAAAAAGUAUAGUACUAUGUGGAAAUGGACCAGUUUUUUCUGCUGGGCAUAACCUCAACGAGCUUAGUAUACCAGAAAACCAAAAAAUUAUAUUCUCAUUAGCUACGAAACUUAUGAAUACAAUGAUAGAAUGUCCUAUACCUAUAAUAGCAUGUGUUGAUGGUGUAGCUGCUGCAUCAGGUUGUCAAUUAGUAGCAGCUUCAGAUAUGGCAAUUUGUUCAAACCGUAGUUCUUUUUCAACUCCUGGUGUAAACCUUGGUUUGUUUUGUUCUACUCCAGGAAUUCCAUUGAGUAGAGUUGUGUCAAAAAAAACUGCUGCUUAUAUGUUAUUCACUGGUACAUCAAUCAACGCUGAAGAAGCUCUUAGAACUGGUCUUGUUAGUAAGGUUGUUGAACCAGAAGAAUUAGAUAAUGAAAUUAUUAAGUUGACAACAUUAAUUGGUCAAAAAAGCCGUUCAGUAAUUUCUUUGGGGAAGACGUUUUUUUACAAACAAAUUGAUGAAAAUAUUAAAUUGGCUUAUGAAAAUGGAGAACAAAUUAUGCUAGAUAAUUUAAAACUAAAUGAUUGCAAAGAAGGUUUACUCUCAUUUGUUGAGAAAAGAAAACCGAAUUGGUCAAAAUAAAAAUGAAGUGAAAUUUCCUUUUAACAAAUUAUUUUUUAGAACCAUAGCCAAAUUGGAACCACAUUUAUAUAAUUCUAUUUUAUUUUUAUUUUUUCCUCGUGAAACUUUGUAAUAUUAAAGUUUCUGUAAAUUAAAAAUUUAUUGUUGUUGUUAAUUACUUGUUAUUAUUUGGUGGUCAUUAGAAUUUUUAUAAAUAUAUAUGCUACAUGUUAAGUACAAAAAACUGAACUACAGAAAUUCGUAUAAGUUAAUUUUAUCAUAUGUAUUUUUUAAUUUGUACAAUUUGUAUAAUUAUUUUUACAAGCAAAAUAGAUGGAAGGAUAAAUAAGUGGGCAUGAUUGACUUAUUGAAGAAACUAUUCAGUAAUAGCACAUAUAAUAGGAUUUCACUAAAAGUUUAUUUAGAUAACUGUAAAUAAAAAUAUAAACAAUAA